CGAAUUAAUUUUCUGUAAUAUAAAUAUGAUUUGGUUCGUUCCAGAUGCAUUGUGCCGCAGCUAGCUCUGUGGAAGUGAAGGUGGUGCAUCAUGUCUCCGUUAUACUUGAUUCUGCUGCUUUGCGUCGCCGCCAACGCGAACAACAACAACCAAGCCAAGCAAGAUGCUAUCAUUCGCGCUAUACUAGCUGAGGAUAACCAAUUGCAAGCAGCUUCACAUGGCCAAGACGCAAGCCAAGAGAGCCAAGCAAGCCGCAGUGGAUACGCCGGUACUGAUGUCUAUGGCCAAGGAUCUAACGAAGACGAAGCAAGCCGCAGAGGAUACUACACAGCGUUGGACGAACGCGCCAAGUACAGAUUGAGAUAUAGAGCCAGAGGCCAUGGCUUCCCCAGCUUCGGCUAUGGCUAUAACCCGUACGGACGUCCCUUCUUUGCUCCUCGCAGUGCUGAUGAAGAUGUCAAUGCGUACUCUGCUGGGAGUGGGGCAGGAGCUGGUUUAAGUCAUCAAGGAUUGAGUGGUAGCGCUGCUGGUCUGGCUGGAUUGGCUGGUAGCUAUGGAAACAGAGGCGCGGGCGUUCAAGAUCUAAGUGGUGCUUAUGGUGCUGGAAUCACUGGUGCUGGUGGUAGUGGAUACGGUGCUGGCGUCGGUGGUUACGGGGCAGGUGGUUAUGGAGGUCUUUCCGCUGCUUCUAGAAGCGGAGAGAACGCCGGUGUCACUGGUGAAGACGCGAGCGGAUACAGUGGCCUAGGAAGUGGCCAGAGCGGUGCUUACCGUGGGGUUGGAGGUGCCAGUAAUGAAGGUGCCAGUGGAUACAGUGGAGCUGGCAGCCAUGGUGCUGGUGGAUACCGCGGUUCCAGCGGUCAUAAUGCUGCUUCUAACACUGGUUAUGGCAGUGAAGGUGCCAGUGGCUAUAGCGGAGUAGGUAGCCACGGUUCUGUUGGGUACCACGGUGCUGGCGCUUCAAAUGCUGGUUAUGGUAGUGAGAGUACAGGCUAUAGCGGUGUCGGUAGCCAUGGUGCUGGACACAGCGGUGCCAGCAGCCGUAAUGCUGGCGCCUCUGGUGCCGGUGCGUCUGGUGAAGGAGCUAGUUACAGCGGAGUCGGCAGUCAUAGCGGGUUAGGCGGUCGUGGUCUUGGAGCUUCUGGUGUCGGUGCGUCUGGUAAUGAAGGUGCCAGUGGCUAUAGCGCUGGUAGCCACGGGGCUGGCGGGUAUAGAGGGGCUAGCGGGCACAAUGCUGGGGUUUCUGGCGCAGGUUACGGUAACGAGGGUGCCAGUGGAUAUAGUGGAGCUGGUAGUCAUGGAGCAGCGGGCUACAGUGGUCACAGUGGUGCUUCUGGAGCCGGUUACAGCGGUUCUUCUGGCGCUGGUGUAUCAAACGAAGGUGCGAGAGGAUACAGUGGUGCCGGUAGCCACGGUGCUGGGGCUAGCAGCCGCAAUGCCGGUGCUUCAGGUGCAGGUAGUGAGGGUGCCAGUGGUUACAGUGGAGCUGGCAGCCAUGGCGCUGCAGGAUACAGUGGCCAUAAUGCCGGUGUUUCUGGUGCAGGAUACAGCGGAUCUGGAGCCGGUGCGUCUGGCAACGAAGGUGCUAGUGGUUACGCUGGCAGCCACGGCGCUGGUGGGUACCGAGGAGCUUCUAAUGCAGGUUACGGAAAUGAAGGUGCCAGUGGCUAUACCGGCGCUGGCAGUCACGGUACCGGAGGAUAUAGCAGCGCCAGUCACAAUGCUGGUGUUUCUGGCGCAGGAGCUUAUGGCAGUGAGGGUGCUAGCGGCCACAGUGGGGCUGGCAGCCAUGGCGCUGGCUACAGCGGUGCCAACCGUGGUAAUGCUGGCUACAGUGGAGCCUCUGGAGCUUCUGGCCAAGGCGCUAGACGUUAAAGAACGAAACCUUCCUAUUUUUUAUAUAUUCUAAUUUUAUCUAUGCAUUUUGUCUUUUUACUUUUAGUUGCGAAUGUUGGGCCAAUACGUUGGACAAUGUUGGACGAUGCACCGCCAACAGCUGAUUUGCUUGUUACUGAAAUAGCUAGACGUUGAAAUACUCGUAGCAGAUGCAAAUGUGAUAACAACUUUACAUAUAAAAACCGAGUAUUUCAAUUCUAUUCAACAUCCUUAGUCCAAGACAAACAUUGGUCCAACAUCAGCCAGCUUAUGCCAACCUCAACCAAACAAUUUUAUGUAUCGUAUAGUAUAUUUUUGCAAUGUAUUUCUAAUAAUUUUUGUAUUUUAUUAUAUUUGAAUAUAUGUAUUUUAAAUGAA